CUCGUCUUCUGCGCAGGAACGAGCGCGGCUGCCAACGAGGAAGAAACUCCCCGCUGAAAUGAAUUGAAAAAACGCGCUAGGCUGCAAUCACGUAGAUUUUAUACAAACAAGUUUGUCUGAAUCCCAUUAAAGUGUUCCGUUAGGAUUAAAAAUGUCAGGGAUACCUCCAGACACAUGGCAGCCGCCAACGGUGGCUCUGGAUACCACGAUGGGUACUGUUGUAGUGGAGCUGUACUGGAGACAUGCACCAAAAACAUGCAAGAACUUCGCAGAGCUUUCCAGAAGGGGCUACUUCGUCAACACAAAGUUUCACCGAAUAAUCAAAGAUUUCAUGGUGCAAGGAGGAGACCCUACGGGAACAGGCCGUGGUGGUGCCUCCAUAUUUGGGAAGCAGUUUGAAGACGAGCUGAGCCCAGAACUGAAAUUCACAGGUGCUGGUAUUUUGGCGAUGGCCAAUGCAGGACCAGACACAAAUGGAAGCCAGUUCUUCUUGACUCUUGGUCCCACUCAGUGGUUGGAUGGAAAGCACACUAUUUUUGGAAGAGUAUACCAGGGAAUGGGAGUGCUGAACCGAAUCGGCAUGGUAGAAACAAACGGUCAAGAUCGACCAGUCGACGAUAUAAAAAUCAUCCGAACAAAUGUAUCCAAUUAAACAAAAACUUCUUUUUUUAUUCAAUAAAUGUUUCAAGUAUUGUUUUUUUUAUAAAUGGUAUGAGGAAUGGAUGACAUUGACAAUGACUGCUUUAUUUCUACCAAAUAAAACGAAUAACAGACAAAGGUUCAGGUCAGUAAGAUCUCUG